UGCACGUCUAUACGGUUAUAGAAGAAAAUAUUUUUGGAUGUCCAGUCCUCUCUGUGAUUUUCGGGGUGCAACAAGAACUCCGAGGAUCAUGGUCGCACAUGAUUAAAACCUCGUCAGCUUAUUUCCUCGAUGAAUUUCGUUGGGUCAGAGAUGAACAACAAAAUUACCCAAUACUCUAAAAUGAUGUUUCCUCUCACUAGUGUUGUACAAAUGAGACUUACUCUUACAUUAAUAAUGGAGCUGUUGUUUGAUCUAGAACAGCUGCUUUAGUUAGUAGAAACAAGCACGUUGCUAUUUAUGAUCUAUGCCUUGGAACAGAGGCCUAAAACCAAAAGCAGUACAGAGCUUGUAGACUUUUUUGCGUGUGAGAAAGAGAAACUAGCUGAAUGAAGAAAUCAUCCCCUUGAUUAGGGAUUCCCUAUUCCUUUGCUCCAUUUUAUGCUCUGUGUCACUGAGAGCAUUGCCGCCGGGUUGAAGUUGUAGAAAUGGAGAGUGGUGAAAGCAGCAGCAAUGAGAGGCACUCAGUAUUGAAGGACUCCUCGUGGUUUCGCCAGUUCCGCAAUGGCUCCAAUCCUUGGAUGGCCAGAUAUGUCUACGCCUUGAUUUUUCUAGUUGCAACUCUUCUAGCAUGGGCUGCACGGGAUUAUGGGGGCAGCGCCUUGACGGAAAUGGAGAGAUUAAAGGGAUGCGAAGGUUUAAAAGACUGUUUGGGUGCCGAAGGAGUUCUGCGAGUGAGCUUGGGGUGCUUUACAUUCUUUAUCACAAUGUUUCUUUCAACGGCUGGUACCUCGAAGUUGGAGGAGCCUAGAAAUUCAUGGCAUUCUGGAUGGUGGUCUGCCAAGAUUGUCAUGUGGAUUGGCUUCACCAUUAUCCCUUUUUUGCUUCCAUCUGCCAUUAUUCAGCUCUAUGGGGAGAUUUCACAUUUUGGUGCCGGGGUAUUUCUUCUGAUUCAGCUGAUAAGCAUAAUCAGUUUCAUUAUGUGGCUGAAUGAUUGUUGUCAAUCUGACAAGCACGCAGAAAGAUGCCAAAUCCAUGUGAUGUUACUGGCAACUACUGCCUAUGUUGUAUGCUUAGUGGGGAUCAUUUUGAUGUACAUUUGGUAUGCACCAGACUCAUCUUGCCUCCUCAACAUUUUCUUCAUUACCUGGACCUUGGUACUCCUCCAACUCAUGACCAGUGUCUCUCUUCACCCAAAAGUGAAUGCUGGCAUAUUGACACCAGCGCUCAUGGGGCUUUAUGUGGUAUUCAUCUGUUGGUGUGCAAUUAGAAGUGAACCAGCAGGAGAAAAUUGCAUCAGGAAAGCAGACGCUACAAACAAAACAGACUGGCUUACGAUCAUAAGCUUUGUUGUUGCUGUACUUGCAAUUGUCAUUGCGACAUUUUCAACAGGCAUAGAUUCCAAGUGUUUUCAGUUCAGGAAGGGUGAGACACACACCGAAGAUGAUGUUCCAUAUGGUUAUGGCUUCUUCCAUUUCGUCUUUGCCACAGGAGCAAUGUACUUUGCAAUGCUAUUGAUUGGUUGGAACACCCAUCAUGCCAUGAGAAAGUGGACGAUUGAUGUGGGUUGGACCAGCACAUGGGUCAGAAUAGUGAAUGAGUGGCUGGCAGUCUGUGUUUUCUUAUGGAUGCUGGUGGCUCCAAUCAUAUGGAAGAGCAGACAAACAGCUGAUACAUAAAGCUGUUGGAAAAUUAUCCAAAUCUUUUUUGCCAUUGCCCAUUCAUUUACUGUUCACAUGGGAAUCCUUCACCCCUUUCAGAUAGAAAAGGAAUUGCAGUAUAGUCGAGAAGUCUCAGGCCAGAGCUUCUUUUUUUUUUCUUUCUUUCUUUUUUUUUCUUUUUCUAUCCAAUCCUCUGUGUCUCCAUGCAAAGGGUAAAGAAAGAAAGCACACAUUAUUUAUAUUACCUGAGAGAUGAGAUCCAUCUUAUUAGUUGUAAUUACAGUACUGUCAGAGCAUAAUAUACAUCCAGUGGAACCAUAGAGCUUUCAGAUGCUAA